AUGGCCCAUCACGACCGACGCCCAGCGCGGCCUCUUCCUUCGCCAGUCGCUCGUCUCCUGAAGCAUGCCUUCACCGCAGCAUCCCCGCGCCAUGUAGAGCCCUCGCAGUCUCUCAUCAUCCACAGGCGAGUCUACGAGUCCGUUAUCGACCGCGUUGCGAGUGGGCCGCUGCUCUUCCAGCGCCGGCUCGCCCCUGCUGCUCCUCCUCGCGUCGCCGCCAAGUGCACAUCACCUCCAAAUCCAACUCCAACUCCAACCUCAACCUCACCUUCACCUUCGCCUGCCCCCUUCGCCUCCAUUGCCUCCAAACCCACUCUGCCGCACCUCCGGGUCUUCUCUGCCGCUACCACUGCCACUGCCACUACCGCCUGCACCGACUCGGCCGUGAUUGUCGUGAAACGCAGCAAAACAGCCAAUGCUCCUGUAUCCAUGCCCGUGAUAUCCUUUGUUCCUGGUUCACCGACCACGCCCAAACCGCCGUCCUCGACCGACACCGCCAUCCACUCCCUCAAGUCAUUGACCAAGAAGUUCUCCGCACCGCAGUUGUCGCAAUCGUCCUCAUCGGCAGCGCUAUCACCCCCUUCCACAGCCCGCAAGCUCCGGCCCGAAGAAGACACCGCCAACGACACCAACGCCAACACCAACACCAACACAGAAGACAGCCGUGCCUCGAUAUUCCGGCGACUGUCGCCCGGCCUCGCGGCACGAGUCAAGCUCCUGAGCGGAUCCGUCGAGCCGACACGCGGCAAGACUGCGGUAGGCGUAGGCAAGAUCCCGCAGGACCAUUUGCGAGAGUUGGACAGUCUGCACCAGGAUUUGUCCAUCAAGGUCGAGAAGCGAGGCCGUGCCUGGCCCGGGCUGCAGAUCAAACGAGAACGCAGUGCCCCUGACCUGUUGCAGUCGCCAUCGCCUACAAAGACGCAAAGCAGUCCUCAACCGCAGACCCAAUUGCAUGAUUUUGCGAGCGAAAUUCCUCUUCCCAGCACACCGACGUCUACCAUUGAAUAUCCCUCCGACGACGACGCCCGCGAGCGUGCUGCUGCGUCGACCAUGACGACAGUUGAGCCCGCAAUGACUGAAGAACGGUCGACAUCCCAGGAUGUCGAAGCAAUCCAGGAAAGCGGCUCGUCAGACCUGGAGGAAUAUCUCAAGCGCAGUACCCUCGAAGACCAAGCAGCACCUUCCCUUCCGCCCAAGGACACUCCACCAGCACCCUCUACGCCGUCGUCCACAAACCUCCCAUCAUACUUCAGCCCGAGAAAGAUGAACCGUGCCGAGUCAAUUUACUCAUUCUCUCGGGCCUCAUUCAGCAACCAGCUAUCUCAACUUACCUCGAUCAAUCUACCGCAGCCAGCCGCGCUGGAAGCCAGCAUUUCAUCCAUCGUCAAUGCCCCUACAGCAGUAAGGGCCCUCAUGGGCGCGGCCGAGCAGAUCGAGACAUGGAUGAACAAAGCUUCAGACGUGCUCAAUGGGCUCGAUGCAGAAGACGAUGUCGAGUGGGCUGCAGCCGGCGGACGAGAAGGUCUGGAAGAGGUGGACAAGGCGGUCGUCAAAUUCGAAAGCCUGGUCGAUGUCUACGUGAAGGCCAUUGAAAACGUGCAACUACGAGAUGAUAUCGACGAUGUACGCGCUAGUGACCUGACCCUGAUCGUUUCCCAAAUGGACGCCACAUUGAAAAAUUGGGCCAGCAUACGAACGUUUCUGAAAGGGGUCAAGGCACAAGUCGAGCUCGCUAUGGAAUGGGAGGAGCUAUGGAACAAUGUUCUAGGUGAUGUCGGCCUUGAAAUCGACAAUCUCAGCAGAUUGAUCUUUGAGAUGGAGGAGAAGCGGCACAAAUCGCUUGCUCCAGAGUCAGAGGCUGAGCCGGGCAAUGGCCUAGAUAUCAAUGAGCUCGAAACAAUUGUGGAAGAGACCCCUUUCCAUGGUACGCCGUCGUCAGCAACAAACAAAAGACUGAGCUUGGCUCUGUUUCCCGCUGCCGACAACACGUCCAAUGCUACCGCGGGUAACAAUAGCAAUCCACAAGACGAUGCCAAUCUGAUGCAACUGUUCGCCCGUAUGCAGCCUCUGAGGGCAUCGUUAGAUUUUCUGCCUAUGCGAUUGUCCAUGUUUCACGCGCGAGCGGAAGCCCUGUUCCCAACAGCAUGCGAGGAACUCGAAGACCGGAAAAGGCGGCUGGAGACGUCGUACAAAAAGCUAGAAAGCGACGCCGAAGCUCUGCGGCGUGAACUCGGCGAGGAUCGCUGGAUUCUUGUUUUCCGCAAUGCAGGCAAACAGGCUCAGAAGAUGUGCGAGUCUGUGGAACGCAGUAUUGGGAAACUACAGGAGUCGUUGGAAGCAGGAGAUCCGGCGAAUAACCCAAUCGCCAUCACCAAGAAGAUUGAGAGCUACGAGGCGAAGAAGAUCCACUACGUACCGGCUAUCAGCCGGGUUAUGACGAUUAUCCAGAAGGGAGUGCACGAUCGACUAACGGUCAACGGUGAGGUUUUGACGUUGCUUUCGGACAUGAACCAGCGCGUCGAUGCGCUCAAGGCGAGCAUGAAAGUUAUGGAUUCGCUGCUGGAAGAGACGACUAUUUCCAAGAGCCAGCACUUGCGUGAUUCGAUAUCGAGUAUCAUUACCGCCGACAGUCCUGCUAAUACCAGCCUGCUUGGCACUCCUGGAAGCUCGCCAGCAUCGUCUGUGAUUGUGACUGGAUACACUAGUGGUGUCCGGACGCCGAAUGCUGCUGCUGCUGCUGCUGCUGGCGGGUCCAGUAGACGGGGUAGCUCGGUUGGCAGUACGUCUCGUACGGCGACAACGGCAUCGCGACGACUGUCGGGCAUUCCUACGGCAGUUUCGAGUCGUAAACCCUCGACUACGCUAUCUGUGCAUUCCUCCACGACGCCCACACCUGCGCCACGAAGCAAUCGUCUGUCGUCAGCUCCAACGCUGAAUCGACCCCGGUGGAACGCCAGCACUAACACCAGCGAUCUUGACGUGGGCCACAGCUUCAAAAGCCUCUCUCCGUCCCCAUAUCGAAAUAAUCUGUCCGUCCCUAGUGGACGAACCUCGCGGUCCACCUCUUCAUCCUUGCCAGUGCCGAGUCCAUUGAGCCGGGCGACUUCAUCGUCUCCAGCGCCCACCGGCCGAACCGGUAGUCGCAUGAGUUACCGUUCUGGCAGUCGACUCGGGACUGCAUCGCCGACAUCACCCAGCAUGACAGCCAAGUCGCGGGGCCCCUCGUCGCUGCUGGACCCUCCAGCAUAUAACAAGCUCCGCAAAUCAGCCGGAAACCUGCCGACGGGGCUCCGCAAUCGACAAAGUUAUGGCGGGCCCAUGACAGUCAAAGGCCAGGAGGAAGAAGCUGAGCAGACGACAGCCAGACCGGGCACAUCGCUCGGCCACGGGCAUUCGAGUCGACGGACCAGUCUGCUGCCUCAGCCGAAGGGCAAGACCGACGAACGACCGCGAUGGAGGUAG